AUGACUGUCAGCACCUAUGGUGACCCAUCUCAACUCACCGUGCUUCCUCUAGCGGCAGACCUCGCCGUUCCGUUGAGCGGUUUGACAGUAUUUAUUGUGCAGUCAUUUUACGCCUUUCGACUUUGGAGGUUGACUAGAAAUGCUUUCUUGCCCAUUCUUUGCCAAAUGCUCUCCCUGAUUGCACAAAUUUCCACAUUCGUUGUCACAGCAAAGGCAAUUUCCAUGACGGACCUCGUGGAUUUUGGAAAUAAUCAAAUGCUGCUGGUUGAGCUCUCUUUCGUCGCACGUGCAGCCUGUGACUUGAUCACCACCGCUGGAAUCGCCUGGAGCUUAAAGAAGGAACGAGACUCUGGGAUUGGAGGCACGGUUACGAUGAUCGACCUGUUGAUUAAAUGGACAAUCGGUGAGAUAUUAGGAAGCGACUCCAUCGGAUGA